AUGAGUACUUUAACAAAGGAAGAUCUGGAUACUAUGCUUGUUGAUAUGAUGAGAAAUUUUAAUGCGAGUCUUGAACGAAUGAAUGAGAAAAUUGAGAAGAGUACACAAGAAAUUGCUCAAACCAAUCAAAGGGUUGAAACUUUGUCUACUCAAGUGAUUGGGGAAGGAAGAAUAAUCAACAACGAACAACCUAGGGGAAUCAUGAGAAAUUUUCCAAUUGACAAUGAUCGAGAUUUGAAGUUGUUGGAACUUCCGGAAUUUACAGGUGAUGGGGAUGCCGAAGACUUUUUAGAUUGGGUUCGUCAGAUGGAAAAGGUCUUUGAUUAUAAAGGUUUUGAUGAGCAAAAAGCCUACAAGGUUGCAAACCUAAAACUGACGAGAUAUGCUUCUCUAUGGUUUGAGAAUUUACGUGCCAAGAGAUUGAGAGAAGAUGAGCCACGAAUUAAUACUUGGAACGAGUUGAAGAGACAAUUAAGGAAACGGUUCCUACCACGGGAAUUUAUCCAAGAUCAAUUCUUGAAGUUGAAUCAUCUUGAACAAAAGAAUCUUAGUGUCGCUGAAUACACUAAAGAGUUUGAGAAAUUGUGCAUGCUUUGUGAUUUGCAGGAAAAAGAGGAGAUGAAGAUUGGACGAUACAUAAAAGGGUUAACACCUUCGAUUUCUCACAAGGUGGAAACAUCAAAUUAUGUGUUCUUUGAUGAUGUCUUAAGGUUGGCAGAGAGAUUUGAGAAACAGGAGAAAGAAAAGAAAAUUUCUUAUUUCAAGGAGAGGAAGUCAUUCUUUAAUGGUGAGGGUUCGAAUAUCAACUCUAACAAUUCAAACAAUGAAGGGAAGAUGAUUGUUGUUACUCCCGAACAAGCUGCAUUGGCGAAAAAAGUUUGUUUCAAGUGUCAAGGCAUGGGACACAUUGCUAGAGAUUGUGGUAACAAAGUGACGGUAUCCAAGAAGGAACAUAGAAUGUUGUUGGCUUAUCUUGACCAAGAAGAGAAAGAGAAGGAGAGUACAUGUUUGCUCAAUACAGAGGAAGAGUUUGAUUUUGAAGAGUUUGAGGGUCAAGAAAAGAUUACUCCUGAACCUGAACAUCACCAUAUCGGUAUCUUAAGGAGAGUUUUGCAUGCUAAUUUUGUUCCUCCUACUACACAUGAGCAAAGGAAAAAUUUGUUCCAUACUAUAUGCAAAGUGGGUGAUAGGAGUUGCUCGUUGAUUAUAGAUACGGGAUCGUGCACCAAUGUUGCAUCUACUAAGUUGGUUGACACUAUGAAUCUUUCUACUAGGGACCAUCCUACUCCUUACAAGCUUAAUUGGUUACAUGAUGGAGAUGGACUACAAGUUAAAAGGCAAGCUUUGGUGAACUUUUCCAUGGGUUCAUAUUCUGAUAGUGUAUGGUGUGAUAUUUUACCUAUGACUGCUUGUUCUAUACUCUUGGGUCGUCCUUGGCAAUUGAUCGAGGGGUGUUAUUUAAUGGUGUUACAAAUGUUUAUUCAGUGA